UCAAAAAUUUAUAAUUAAUAGACGGAGAACAUGUUUUUUCUCUGUUCUUAUAUUUUAAUAAUGUAAUGUGAUAUUGUGCCAAUUAAUUUUAAUAAAUGUACAUUGUGUUAUUGAAGCUGUACAUUUGUCUAAUUCUUUAAAACACAUAACGUGAUGAAUGUGAUAAAUUAAAUAAUUGCUGUUCAUAACCCUACCCCCUGUGAAUAUAUUUCCAUUUGUCAUUAAAAAAAAAGGUAUUUUCAAUUAUGCAAGGAAGUGACAUUUCUUAUCUCCUGACAGGAGCAAUUUUCUAUAUUUUUGGUUUAAUUUGGUGUUUUGAAUAUGCAAUCUUCUGUUCACCUGGCAGACAAACUACACUCGAUGGACGUGGUUCAUCGCGAAAAAAUGGACGAUUUAGAAAAAUAUUCUCACGUUAUCCAUUGGAGGGUGUUUUAAAAUUAAUUGCCACUGUUAUUGGUCUCACUGGAACAUUGACAUAUUCACCAAAUAAUGGAAUUAUUUCAGCCAAAGUUAGAUAUGCAACGAUAUAUCUUUUUUUUGCAUUCUCCGGUCUAGUCGAUGUAUUUAAUUUUUAUUUUCCACACAAUUUUAGUAAUGGCCUCGUUAAAAUGGGUCUUGCACAAAGUUUUUUUGUCGAAGGCUUUUUAUUUUUGUGGGCAAAUAUUGGUGAUAAUUCAAUGGUCGAUGCAAUUCUCGCUGGAAUUGUAUGGAUGUCUGCAUUGUCAGUGACAUUGGAAAUAAUUUGGCCGGAAAUCAAAUUAUUAACCGGUGUAACAACAUUAUUGCAUGGAGCAUGGAUUGCUCAUAUGGUACGUGGUCAUGGUACAAAUUUUUUGACAUCUGAAGAAAUUGCUGUUAAUUUCUCGUGGCAUAUUGCUGUUGCUUCAACUGUUACACUUUGUAUUGUUGGUAUUACUCGAUGUUCAACUCCUCGUUUAUCGCGUGAAAUUCCACCGGAAAUUCCAAUUUAUGAUUAUUGUCAGGAACCGAGUCGUUCAUAAUAAAUUGACAGUUGAAACGACAAUGCCAAAUAUAGUCUUCCGCGCAAAAAAUCGGUUUUUAAAAAAAAAAAUGAUUCAGGAACUAAAAAAAGAGAUUGAUCAAAAAUGUUUGAGUUUUAAAUCAUUUUUAAUGACUGAUUUUUGAUUUUGCCUAUUGACGCUUUCUUUUAAAUGAGAUUAUGAUAAAAUAAAAAUUCUCAGUAUUUUAAGGUUCGAUAAACUAAGGAAAAGAUGUGUGUGAAAAGAAUUUAAAUUUAAUAACUGCCAUUCUUUUUUUAUAAUGAAACUCUUUUUACUGAUUUUUUACUUUUAGGUAUAAUAUUAAAUAUACCAGUGAUUAGUCUAUGUUUUUUUUUUUUUUACCGUGACGAAGUAGAUUUAUAAAUAUUUAUUUCGAUUUUUAUCCGCUCUACAAAUUCUUGUAGUUUACUGUUUCUAUUUAUUUAAUGUGAUCAAACUAGCCAAUUAAAAUAAUUUCUAAUUGCUUUAAUUAAAUGAUAAGUAGUUUGUAAUUUUCACAUUAGUGCCACAAUUUUAAUGAUCAAAUUCUUUGGGACUAUUUUUUAUUUGCUCUUAUUGUUAAGUAAAAUAAAUUUUAUAAUUUUUUUUUUUUUAUUAUAAAAAUUAUUUUAUUGUACAAUUAUAAUUAUUAUAAUUUAAUAAUUAUAAUAUAGUAAUUAUAUUUUAAAAUUAUAGAAUUAUGGCAGCGUUAAUGUCAAUAAUCUGCAACGAAAUAUACUCUGUGCCUUUCUAGUGCCUUGUGAUUCUUAAAAUAAUUAUACACUAUUUUUAUCACAUGACAACGAAUAUAAAUAAUCAAUAUCUUGUUUUAAACACUGACAAUAUGUAUUUUCUAUUAUCUGUGUACUAUUUUCUAUGGAAAUAUAUUCUUGUCUAAUUAA